GAAGAUGACGUUUUAGACGUGACGUGUAUUUACAAAUCAUAAAUUAUACACAUAAAAACAAUUAAAUCUUUUCUGCACCAUGAAUAAUACACUUAGCAUAAUAUACUUAGCAUCUAACAAAAAAUCUACAAGACAAAAACACAUAGGUUUUAUAUUUCAUGCAGAGAAGAACAAGACAUUACUUAGUUCGACACCGAAGUGAAUUAUUCUUUUCAUUUCCUAUUUAAUAUUGAUAACGUUAAAUUCAAGACAAUUCUACUUUGUCAUUGAACUGUUCUUGUUUUUCUCUCGUGAGAUAUAUUUGUUCAACUAUGGAUUUAUCUGUCAGUGGAAAAACACUAAUUGUAAGACCAAAAAAUGUUAAUGCUGAAGUGACACCAAAGUAUGUUUUAUCAAAGGAACAAAUAGAUUUUUACAAGAAAAAUGGAUUUCUAGUUGUCAAAGGUUUAAUUAAUUUUGAAUGUUUGUACACAGUCAAGAAACGAUUCCUUCAAAUAGUAAAUGGUUUAGAAGAUACAGGCUUCAUGACUAUUGUGAAGGAACCGGGGUUGGCAGAGAAAGGUGCUAAAGGACAAGAUGUCAUAAAUAAGAUCAAUGAUAUUCACUUCGAUGAGGAGUUCAGCUCGUAUUCCGAGGAUCCUCGGCUCCUGGACGUGGUGGGGCAGCUGAUAGGAGAUAGCAUCACUAUCGUACACUGUAUGUUUAUCAACAAGCCCGCCGGCACUGUUCGACAUCCGCCACAUCAGGACCUAUGGUACUUCCCGUUCCGACCAGCGGACAAGAUAGUCGCGUCCUGGACGGCGGUGGACCGCGUGCAGCGAGACAACGGCUGCCUGUUCGUGUUGCCGGGAUCUCAUCUCACACACACGCUUGUGGAACAUCACUAUCCCACGGACUCGAAUAAGUUCUUAUUCUACGGCGUGAGGGACGAGUCCUCGGCGCCGGAGGAGCAGCGCGUGCACCUGACCAUGGACCCUGGGGAUACUGUCUUCUUCCAUCCCCUGCUCAUACACGGCUCAGGACCAAAUGUGUCCAAGAGAUCUCGCAAAGCGAUCACAUGUCACUACGCGAGUGGAGAGUGUGAGUACGUGGCGGUGGAGGGCACGGUGCAGGAAACUGUCGCCAAGGAAAUUGAAUCCCUCGCUAAAGUGAAAAAGAAUUUAGAUCUUAACUUUGUGGACACUUGGCGCUACAAAAACAAAUUGGUUAGAGGUACAAAAUCUAAUCUUUAAUACCCCUUAUAUAUUAUUUACAUCUGGACCAGGUUUAGGGUAUAUACAACAUAAAAUAUAUAAUAAAUAUUAUCCAAUGGUCAGGGAAUCUACAAAAAACAUGAUAUUUUAAUAAAUGAGUCACUAAAACUUAUGUAAAAUAGUUAUUUUUAGACUUCCUUAUCUUGAAAGGUAAAAACGGAAUCCUAAUAUGAUCACUUUGUUGUCCGUCUGUCAGUCAAAACACUUUUUUUGUUU